GGGGCGGAUCUCGGAGUACACUCAGAAACCCGGGGAGGAGGAGUGCGUGGGUCUCCGUCCAAUCAAGGCGGAAGGUGGGCGCGCUCCCAGUCCGCGCAGGCGUCACUCUGCUGAUCUCGGCGCUCCUGCGCACCUGCGGGGCGCGGCCCCAGGUGUCCUUUCUCCGUUGUCUUCACCUACCUGCAUCUUGGGACCGUGGGGAGGACGCCCUGCAGACCCCCCCAGAGCCGGAAGGAGAUGGAAUCACUGGUCUUUGAAGACGUGGCCAUAAACUUCACCCCAGAGGAGUGGGCUUUGCUGGACCCUGCUCAGAGGAGGCUCUACAGAGAUGUGAUGCUGGAGACCUUCAAGAACCUGGCCUUCGUGGGUUUUUGCCCUCGAGUUAAAACCACUGGAUCAAGUCCUCAAUGGAAUAUUUUGGAGAACAAACUAUGCAGUGAUGAGAAAAUACUAAGAUUCAUAAGAAAUGGUUCUUGGUCUGUUUUUGGAGCAAAUUGGAUGUUUCAUAACAUUGGAGAUCACCAAACCCAGGAGAGAGAUUUGAGAAAUCAUUUGGCAGAGUGUCAUCAAUGCAAAGGUAAUGACAAUCAUCAAUGUGGAGAAACCCUGAACCGGAUUACAGAUUUUACUGUCCAAAAGGGAUAUCUGAGAUAUCCGACUGCAGUUCAGCCCUCUAAAUAUACUAAGUGUGGAGAAGACUUCAGCGACCAUUCUUUCCAGAAGCAUCACCAAAGGUCUCACACUGGACAUAAAUCUUAUCCAUGUGAGGAAUGUGGGCAGGUAUGCAGCUCUGUCUCCCACCUAAGCCCUCCUGGAGGAACAGACAUUGUAAAGAAACCCUAUAACUGUCAGGAUUCUGGGAUAGCAUCUAAGAGAUUUGUGAAGAGUCAUAGUAGUAAACAGUCUUUAGAGUGUAAGAAAUGUGGACAAGUUUUCACUUGUCCCUCUUCCUUUCGAGAACAUAUGAGAAGCCACCAUGGACAGAAAAUCCACGUGUGUAGAGUAUGUGGGAAAUCCUUUAUGUAUUAUUCCUACCUUUUAAGACAUGUGAGAACUCACACUGGAGAGAAACCCUAUGAAUGUAAGGAAUAUGAGAAAGCCUUCCAAUAUCCCACAUUCCUGGGAGGACAUGUGACAAUACAUACUGGAGAGAAACCUUAUGUUUGUGCAGAAUGUGGGAAAGCCUUCAGUUGUCCCAAAUAUUUCAGAAGACACCUGAAAACCCACAGUGGAGUGAAACCCUAUGAAUGUACAGAAUGUGGGAAAGCCUACAGUUGUUCCUCAUCCCUUCGAGAACAUGUGAGGACACACAGCGAAGAGAAACCCUAUGAAUGUCAGCACUGUGGCAAAGCCUUCAGGCAUCAGCGAUAUUUUAAAAAGCAUGUAAGAAUGCACAGUGGAGUGAAACCCUAUGAAUGCACAGAAUGUGGUAAAGCCUACAGCUGUUCCACAUCCCUCCGAGAGCAUGAGAGAAUACACACUGGGGAGAGACCCUUCGAAUGUCAGCACUGUGGGAAAGCCUUUACUCGUCACGCCUCUCUUCGAGGACACAUGAGAACACACAGUGGGGAGAGAGCCUAUGAAUGUACCCAGUGUGGGAAAGCCUUCUGUUGGCCCUCAUCUUUAAGAAAACAUGUAAGAAUGCACAGUGAGGAGAAACCCUAUGGGUGUCAGCAGUGUGGAAAAGCCUUCUGGUAUCCUGCCAAUCUGCGAGGACACAUGAGGACACACACUGGGGAGAAGCACUGACUGCAGGGACUGUAGGAGAGACCUCAUUCUCUCUUGUGACUUAUAAUGUGAGCAACACACUGUAGAAAAGCCUUAUGAAUGGGAAAAAUGUGGAAAUGUCUUCAGCACUUCACUUAUUUUGUACAUGAAGACUCAGGGCAUGACAGAAAUCUUUCAAUGGGUAUAAAUAUGGUUUUUCCUUUGUAAGUGGCUUGGCUUUAAUAGAAUCCCAGUGUAUUAAUUUCUAGUUCAUGUUGCUGAUCUGAAUGUUUAUGAUAAUAGCUAUCUUUCUAUGUACUCUUCAUCUGCACUACCUGCAUUUUGUUAUCUCAGACUUUGAAUAAUCAUGCAGUCUUAUAAAGCUUGUCUCAUUUCCAUUACAAUGUCCUUGGAACCCAGGGUGUUAAGUGGUUUUCAGUUUUUGACAUUUUUCAUGUGCAACUUUUUUUUUUUUUUUUUUUUUUUUUGGUUUUUGUCUUUUUAGGGCUGCACCUGCAGCAUGUGGAGGUUUCCAGGCUAGGGGUCUAAUCGGAGGUACAGCUGUUGUCUUUCACCAGAGCCACAGCAAUGCUGGAUGCAAGCCUCGACUGUGACCUACACCACAGCUCACAGCAAUGCUGGAUCCUCAACCCACUGAGCAAAGCCAGGAAUUAAACCCACAACCUCAUGGUUCCUAGUCGGGUUCAUUUCUGCUGCACCAUGGCAGGAACUCCUUCAUGUGCAACUUGGUCUAAUUUUUAGAUGAAAAGUGUUUUUUUUGUUUGUUUGGGGGGUUUUUUAGCUGUGCCCAUGGCAUAUGAAAGUUCCUGGGUCAGGGAUCAAACUUGUGCUACAGCAGCAACCCAAGCUGCUGCAAUGACAAUGCCAGAUCCUUAAACCACUGUACCAAAAAAGAACUGGAGAUGAAAAGUUUUUUUAUUCCUACUUUGCAUUAUGUUCCCAUUGUGAUCAUGAUAUGAGACCUGUGUUGUUGCAGUGUCUUUUCUGGUCAUGUUAUAGAUAACUGGAAUUUUCUGACUCAGUAUUUACACUCCCCUUGAUUCUAUAUUAGUGAAAGUUGUAUCUUCCAAGUUGAUCGUUGCUAGUGGGUACCAUGUCUCUGUUCCUCACAGAAAUCAGUAAUUGCGGAAAGUCUUGGAAGAUAAUAGUCUUGUCUGAUUAAUGUUCAUAAUUUGGUCUCUUGCUCAUUGUCCUUGGUUUUGGUCAGAAAUUGGACACAAUACAUUGAGUUAAGGGUGACCUGGGAGUUCCCUGGUGGUCUAGUGGUUAGGACUCAAUGCUUUCGCUGCUGCAUCCCAGGUUCAAUACCUGGUCUAGAAACUGAGAUCCCAUACCAAGCUGCAACAUGCUACAGCCCCCCUGCCCCACCAAAGGAAGCGCAACCUGGUGGUGGCAUGAAAGUGAAAGCUACUGUCCUGAUGGUUCUGUUGAAUUGUGUUGUCGGCUUGGAGAAGGUGGAAAACUAUAUAUCCCUGAAUACUUAAUAUUACUGGUUCUGAGUUAGCAUUCAUGGGAGGGAAAAGAUGCAUGAGGUCUAGAAAGCAGAAGCAAAGAAGCCAUCAUUCUCGGGUCUUCUGUACCAUCAGGAGACAGAUGUGUGGCAAUUUAGUGGGCCCAAGUUCCAGCCCAGUUUUCUGACUCCUGGCUUUGUCCAUGUGGAACAGCCCCAACCAGACACAUGAGUGAUUUUAGUUCCCUCUUGGUCAGAAUCCACACUUCUCCCCAAGCUCCCUCAGGAUGGAUCCUCUUUGGUUUUCAGGUUCACACAUGUCCUUGCAUGUUCCUGUAGCCCUUCAGGGCCCAUCAAGCCUCUUCAGACAUUUGCACUUGGUGAUCCUCUCCUAUUGUGUGACCCCCUUCAUGUCCAGCAAUUUUCCUAAUCACAUGAUUUAUGUAGGAAGCAUCUUAUUCCUCUAACAGCAUAUUUCCUUCCUCCACCCGUGGUAGAUUUAAUAUGACAGCUACAGAUGCAGGAAACCUACUGCCCUGGUUGCAUGGUCGAAAGUCUGCACUAACCCUGCAUUUGUUUCUUGAUGUUUCUAUGAUUAAAUACUGGCGAAUGUAUCUGGCAGUGUAUUUCAUUUUCUCUUACAGCUGACUGCUCUCUAAAUGAUAAGCCCAGUAUGUUUAAUUACUUUCCAUUUUUAUAUGUGAUUACCCAGUGUUUUUUACAGGUAACCACCUAGUAUGUGGUCUUAAAAUGGUGUGCAUUUUUCAAUCAAAUUCAGGUUUCUGCAUUAUUUCUUAGAGCUCUUAUUGCCUAGGUUUUCAAAUCUUUGUGUACUCACAAGUGUUGCCGUGCUUUACGUGCAUUAGCUGAAAGGAUAGGUUGAAAAUAUCCCAUUUUGGAGGAUUAACUCAUUCUUGUAGUUGGGUCAGUUUUUCUACAAACAUUCCGGGCAAUAUUACUAAAUACAUAGACCUUUUGACAUUCUUCUUUCAGGUGGUGUUUUCUGUUAAUUUCUAUGCAGCUACCAUCUUUUUUCAUUAAAUGACUUAUUCAUUCCUAAUAUCAGAAAUCUAAAUACCGCUUCCAGCUUCCAGCCAGAGAUGACCAGGAGUCAGGCUUCUACAAGUCAACAGUGUGGGAGGGAGAAUCAAACAUAUGUCUUCCCAAGUUGUCUUUGCACAAAUGAUACUCUUGGUGCGGUGAGCACUUCAGGUGUGGUGGGGAUUAAGUUAGGAGAUAUUGCUCUAGUUUAUAGGCAUAACCUCACUGAAUAAACUGCUCAUCUUGGGAGAUCCUGCUUCUAAUGUUUGUUUUCCAAAUAGCUCUUUGAAGUUUAAUGGAAAAUCAAUACUGAAAUGGAAACAUCUCUCUGUCUUACUUUUUCUUGCUAGUAAUUUUGUGCCAUAUCCACAGGGUUUUUCUUUUCUUUUUUAAAGCAUAGUUGAUUUAUGGGAACCUCCAUAUGCUGAGGGCAUGGCCCUAAAAAGACAACCCCCCCCAAAACAUAAAAUAAGGUAUAGUUGAUUUAUGAUGUUGUGACAAUUUCUGCUGUACAGCCAAGUGACCCAGUCAUACAUUUAUAUAUAUUCCUUUUCUUUAUACUAUCUUCCAACAUGGUCUGUCCCAGGAGAUAGAUAUGGUUCCCUGUGUUGUACAGUAGAACCCCAUUCCAUAUCCAUUCUAAAUGUAAUAGCUUGCACCUACUAACCCCAAACUCCCAGUCGCUCCUACUCCCUCCCUCUCUCCCUUGCCAUCCACAAGUCUCUUCUCUAUGUCUCCACAGGAUUUUUCUUCCUGUGGUGGCUGGAUAUUUGACUGACGGACUACUUACUUCCCAGUGGGUUCCCUUGUAUUUUUCUGAUGGAUGACAAAUGGCUCCUGCUCAUUUCUCUUUUAAUCAGACCUCUCAUGUAAAAGCACGGGAGGUGUGGCUAUAAACACACAGCGAAUUUCACCACUAGCAGAAAGAGAGUUCACACUCAAUAUUCCAACCUAGGGGGAUGUGUGGAUCAACCCAUGAUGUCAUUUAAGCUACAACCCAAGUCUUUGAAGAACUGAGAGAAACUUGUCCUUAUCUGACAUAUCUUUGCAACCAAAGCCCUAUAUUUCAUUGUAAGGAAGGGGAUGUAAAAGAAAUAAAGAAAUGUAAAGAGAAGGAGGGUGGAGUUUCCUGGUAGCACAGUGGGUUAAGGAUCUGGCAUUAUCACUGCUGUAGCUCAGGUUACUUGUGUGGCGUGGGUUCAUUCCUUGGCCUGGGAACUACUGCAUGCUGUGGGUGUGGCCAGAAAAAAACCAUGCCUGUGUUUCUUGUCUCUAAAUACUGUUGGAAAGUCCUUUGAUCCCACUGCUGCCCCCAAAUCUGUCAAACAACAAAAAUUUUACUGAGUAAAUUUAAAAAUCAAAUUGGGGAGUUCCCAUUGUGGCUCAGCAGUUAAUGAACUUGACGAAUAUCCAUGAGGCUUCGGGUUCAAUCCCUGGCCUUGGUCAGUGGAUUAAGGAUCUGGCAUUGCUGCAAGCUGAGGUGUAGGUCACAGACGCAGCUCAGAUCCCAUGUUGAUGUGGCUGUGGGUGGCAGCUACAGCUCCAGUUCGACCCCUAGCCUGGGAACCUCCAUGUGCCACGGGUGCAGCCCUAAAAAGAAAAGACAAAAAUAGGAGUUCCCGCCGUGGCGCAGUGGUUAACGAAUCAGACUAGGAACCAUGAGGUUGCGGGUUCGGUCACUGCCCUUUCUCAGUGGGUCAACGAUCCGGCGUUGCCGUGAGCUGUGGUGUAGGUUGCAGACGCGGCUCGGAUCCUGCGUUGCUGUGGCUCUGGCGUAGGCCAGUGGCUACAGCUCUGAUUUGACCCAUAGCCUGCGGUAGCGGCCCAAGAAAUAGCAAAAAAAAAAAAAAACAAACAAAAAACAAAAAAAAAAGAAAAGACAAAAAAACUAAAUGAAAUAAUCAAAUUAGCAUAUUAAACAAUUUAUGAAUGAGGCAGCACCACAUCUAGCAAGUAGAGAGAAGCACCAUUGAGCUGCAGAGAAGGAAAGAUUCUUAAAUAUGGAAAGGAAAUUAUUAGCAAAGAAUGCAUUGUUUCAGGCAAGGCCACCCUCCUAAAGGGAAUGGAAGUGGCCUAUCAAGAAGAUUAUCUCAUGAGUGCUGAGCAGGAAAAUCCAUAUUGACUGCAGGUCACAUUCCUGGGGAAGACUGAAACCAUAAUUUGGCUAGGUAUUAAGUUUUGGUUUGCUGAUGGGAUUUAGCACAACUGACUAUACAUUUUGGGCCUGAUAGCUCUUUUUUUAAAACACAUGAUAUCAAGGAGUUUCUGCUGUGGCACAGUGGGUUAAUAAUCUGACUGCAGCAGCUCCAUUUAAUGCAGAGGCUUGGGUUCCAUCCCUGGCCCAGUACAGUGGGUUAAAGGAGCCAGUGUUGCUGCAGCUGGGCUUGAAUUCCUGGCCUGGGAACUUCCGUAUGCUGCGGGUGCAGCCAUAAAAAAAAAAAAAAAAACAAAAUAAAACAUGAUAUCAUGAUUCAUAUAAGACAGAGGUGUUGCUGUUAUACCCGCCACAUCCCACUUGGGAUUAUGUCCUAUCAGAAGCCCAUCUUGCCCUCUUGCAGUUACCAACAUCCUAAACUUUUAAAAGAUAGUUUCCAUUCAUUUCUUUUUGGUUUCUUCAUCUGUGUAUGCAAUAAUUUUUCCUAUUUUACAUUGCAUGUAAAUAGGUAUGUACCAUUUUAUAUGAAGUAUCUUUUAUUAAAAAAUGUUUAGCUUUCCA